AGUAGUACUUGACGAAUCACCCGACUGUUAUCACAUAUGAAUUAACAUUCGGAUUUUGAUAAAUUUUAUCAUUCGUAUUUCAUCACCAAGAGAACAUUUUCCAAGUAGAGUGUUGUUCAUUACGGAUGCAGUUGCUACGACUCUACAAAAAAGAUGAGUGAUAUUCCGAUUGGAAUUGAUUUGGGGACUACAUUUUCCUGCAUUGCGGCUUACAGAAAGGGAAGAGCUGAAAUGAUACCUGAUCAAAAUGGUGAUCGACUUAUCCCUUCCAUUGUUUUCUUCGAUCCUCAAACAGGAGCGGUUCACGUGGGAAAAACUGCUGACAGAUUGUCACCAAAAUGCCCAAAGAACUGUUUGAAAGAUUCUAAACGGCUCAUUGGAAGAAAAUUCGAUGACGAAUUCAUCUCAAGAUAUCACCUGCAAAAGAACAUUCAGUUUUCUUUGGUACGAGGGGUUGAUGAUAAAGCCGUUUAUCAGUUGAAUGUAAAGUAUGAGACAGUUACAAAAACACCAGAAGAGGUUAGUGCAGAGAUAUUGAAAUAUCUGAAACGAAUGGCCAGUGACUACCUAGGAAGAGAUGUUACAGAUGUUGUUGUAUCUAUACCUGCAUAUUUCAGUAACGCUCAAAGAAAAGCUACCAAGAAGGCGGUUGAAUUGGCUGAACUCAAAUUAUUGAAGUUCAUCACGGAACCUUCUGCCGGAGCACUUCAUUACGUGCAAGACAAAAACGUGGCAACAAAAUUAUUAGUUUUCGAUUGGGGAGGAGGAACCCUUGAUGUGUCUUUAGUAGAGGUGAAAAAUAAAAUUUUUGAAGUCAAGUCUGUUUAUGGAGAUACCUUGUGCGGUGGGAGAAAUAUCGAUGAGAGACUGUUCGAGCAUUUUUAUAGACCAGUAGACAAAGAUAGAUUCGCUCGGCGACUGCAACAAGCAUGCGAGGACUUGAAAAAACAGUUAUCAAGUCUGGAUGAAUUUUCAACAGUGAUCGAGUGUUACGAUGGUUACAAUGACUUCGAAUUAUCGCUUAAGAAAUCAAAAUUCGAAAAAUUAACUAAAGAUAUUUUUCAGAAAGCUAUAGAUAUUGUGGAAUAUGGACUUGAUGAUGCAGGUUGGAAUAAAUCUAAAGUGAAAGAAAUAGUUUUGGUGGGAGGGUCAACAAGAAUUCCAAGAAUCAGAAAUCUGCUGGAGAGGUUAUUUGGAAGGAAAAUUCUCAAAACUGAUUUGAACCCGGACGAAGCUGUUGCGAUUGGAGCUUGUCUCCAAGCAGCAAUUCUCAAAAAUGAUUAUGCGAGUGCGGAAAAAUAUAAAUUAACAGAAGUGACUCCGUUGUCAUUAGGAGUUGGCGUUCAUAAGGAUUUAAUGAGCACUAUUAUCAGAAGAAAUACACCAUUACCAGCCAAAUUUGCCAAAUGUUUCAUAACAACUGNUUUUUGA